AUGCAACUAAAGUUAAACUUUGAGCCUGACAUAAAUAUAGGGAAAAAUAAGGGACAUCUUUCUUUAUGUCACACGCAAAUAGAGAUACGAAGCUAUAGCCCUAAGAACGCUUUGAUAAAUGAAAAACACUACAAAAAUCCAAUUGGACCUGGCAUGCCUAUAGUUAUGAGAAUCAUAGCUUCAGAGGGUCAUUACAAAAUCAACAUUAACGAUGGUGAUAAUCUCUUCUAUUAUCAAAAUGCAUAUCCCCAUUGGGCAAUAAAUCGUGUUGAGGUAUACCUAUUUUUUUAUUAA